UCACCAACAUCUCUGGUCCCCAAGUUGACGACACAUUACACCAUUCAUUCACGUGACAAAGACCCAAGAUGGAAGGAUAUUGAAAUGGAGAGAUGUGCUGAAGAGUAUGAUGUUGUGAUCGUUGGUGGGGGUCCAGGUGGUUUAUCAGCUGCCUGCAAACUCAAACAACUCUCCAAUGAACAUAAUAAAGAACUUAAAGUCUGCCUCGUUGAAAAAGCUUCUGAAAUUGGUAGACACACAUUGUCUGGAGCUUGCAUAGAAACAUCAGCUUUAACUGAACUAUUCCCUGACUGGAAAGACAAAGGGGCUCCCAUCCACACGCCAGUAACAGAAGAUAAACUUGCCAUAUUAACUGAAAAAGGCAGAAUACCAUUACCACUACUGCCAGGCUUUCCAUUCAACAACCACGGUAACUUCUUAGUUCGAUUAGGACAUUUAGUGAGGUGGUUAGGGGAACAGGCAGAGGCGCUGGGCGUUGAAUUGUACCCGGGAUGUGCUGCUAGUGAAAUCUUGUACAAUGAGGAUGGUAGCGCGAAAGGGAUUGCUACUAAUGAUGUUGGCAUCUAUAAGGAUGGCUCUCCAAAAGAAUCGUUCUCAAGAGGCAUGGAGCUUCAUGCCAAAUGCACAAUUUUUUCCGAAGGAUGUCACGGCCAUCUUGCCAAACAAUUAUUCCGGAAGUUUAAUCUCAGGGAAAAUUGCUCUCCCCAGUCGUACGGGAUUGGUUUCAAAGAAUUGUGGGAGUUAAAUCCGACCAAUCACAAGCCAGGAAGGGUGGAGCAUACGGCAGGCUGGCCUCUGGACAAAAAUACAUAUGGUGGCAGCUUCAUAUAUCAUUUUGGAGGCCCUGACGCGCCACUUGCUGCAAUUGGUCUUGUGAUAGCACUCGACUACAAGAACCCAUACCUCAACCCUUUUAAAGAAUUUCAACGUUUCAAGCACCACCCUUCCAUUGAACCCACCCUGAGAGGGGCUAGAAGGAUCGGGUAUGGCGCAAGGGCACUCAACGAAGGGGGCAUUCAGACUCUUCCAAAGUUAACAUUUCCAGGUGGUUGCCUGGUGGGCUGCAGUCCCGGCUUCAUGAAUGUCGCUAAAAUUAAAGGCACCCACGCUGCAAUGAAGAGCGGGUUGUUAGCAGCAGAAGCAAUUUUUAAGACUCUCCAAGAUUCUUCUGAUGAUGUUAAAACCAUAGAGCCGACAUCUUACGAGCAAUCAUUCAAGGAGUCCUGGCUCUAUAAGGAGUUGUACAAAACUCGAAACAUUCGGCCAUCCUUCAACACGAGAUUCGGUUUGUAUGGAGGCCUUGCCUACACGGGUUCCAUUUGGUACCUUACACAAGGAAGAGAACCCUGGACUCUUAAGCAUCACGCGGAAGAUGGGGAUCACGUGUUUUUGAAGCCGGCCAAUGAAAGCAAGCCAAUUGACUACCCAAAACCAGAUGGACAAAUCAGCUUCGACUUGCUGACGUCAGUAUCGUUGACGGGGACCAAUCACGAAGAGGAUCAACCUCCUCAUCUCACCCUAUUGGACGAUUCAAUUCCAGUUGAAAAAAAUCUGAAAGUUUAUGAUGGCCCGGAGGGGAGGUUUUGUCCGGCAGGCGUGUAUGAAUUUGUCGAGAUAGCAGAGAAACAUCAACAACAACCACAACAACAACAACCACAACAACAACAACCACAACAACAACAACCACAACGACUCCAGAUAAACGCGCAAAAUUGUAUCCAUUGCAAGACAUGCGACAUAAAGGAUCCGAGCCAGAAUAUUAAUUGGGUAUGUCCGCAGGGAGGUGAGGGACCGGUGUAUGACGGAAUGUGA